UGAUGAGAAAUCAUAAAUAUCGAGUUCCAUUAAAUAUCUAAAUCAAUAGACAUCUCACUCUCCAAAAUGAAGUCUUUCGUUUUAUUGUUAAGUAUUUCUUACGCAACGGCUUGGCUGGAUCUGAAAACAUUUCCAAAGUUCUACCCAUUUGAUAGAGAAUUGCAUAAAAGGGUACUAAAUUCAGAAUUGUGUGAGAAACAGUUAAAUUACCUGAGGGAUAACGAUAGCACUCUACUUUUAAACUUUCUCGAUGCAGGGGCAAGAAUUCCAAAAGGAGUUUUUGGAGGUAAUUUUCGGGACAUGGGUAAUUUUUACCAAUGCCUCGGUAUAAGAAAGCGCGUUGAAAAUAUGGAUAUAGAAGGAAAGUACUGUACAAUAAAUAUCCCUCUGACACCCAAUACAUCGUUUGAUACAACCAUAGCGUCACAAAAUCCUUUUAAAUGGACAACUUUAAUUGAACUCGUGACACAAAACAAACACAACUAUUUUAAUCAAUCCACGAUUGAUCAAUUCAGCCUUGGGAAAUAUUUGUCAUAUGCUCCCUAUGUCAUGAAAUUAGACGAUGUCAUCAGUAAGUCGGCCCAAAACAGAGCUCUAAACGUAGUGGUCCAAUUAGCUUUAUGUAUUCCAAAAGCCUGCAGCACGAGAGAGUUUAUAAAUAAAGUGGGGAACAUCACCACCUUAGGUCUUCAAUAUGAGGACAAUUUAUGUCGACUUCCCGACGACAAGCAUUGGGUCACUGCAGAUUAUAUAGCCAUCGUUGUUUUUUCAGGCUUUGGAUUAAUUAUAUUUUUAAGUACGAUGUAUGACUUACAUCAUCUUUUUUACUUAAAAAAAGAUUUUAAGGACGAGAAUAUAUUUCGCAUCUUUUCUGCCUUUACAAAUUUGUCUUUGUUAUUGAACUUGUCAAAUAAACCUGGAUCAUUGCAAUGUCUCGAUGGUAUACGAGCAAUCGCCAUUUUUUGGGUGGUUAUUGGACAUGCUUUUGUAGGAAAUCUUAUAACUGCGUUUAACUUCCUUGAUAUUCAAGAGUGGCAAUCUUCGUUAAAGUCGAUGUGGAUAACGGGCGCACCCAUCACAGUCGACACGUUCUUUAUGAUCAGUGGUCUACUACUGGUUUACACCAGUAUGGCUAAAUAUACGAGCUUGGGACUACUGAAAAACCUUCACGUUUUCUACUUGAGCAGAUUAUUGCGUAUGUUUCCCGUGUUGGCAUUAAUGGUUCUCUUCGAGGCAUCGCUCUAUAACAGAAUAUCAGACGGCGCAUUUUGGCAUGUCGCGGGGAACGGCGUACACACCUGCAGAGCUCUUUGGUGGAGCACACUGCUGCAUCUUCAGAACUUUGUUAAUCCAUUAGCAGAAUGUCUCCCAGUUACGUGGUACCUAGCAAUCGAUGUACAGCUACAUGUUAUUUCACCAAUAGUUCUAUUUUGGUUACUUCGAGGCAGUAAAAGAACAUCUUGGACAGCCCUCACCAUAGGUUUCUUGGUGUCUAUAGCUAUUGCUACAACAUACAUAUUUCUAACAGAUGUCCAUAGAAAUUAUUUUGUGUAUUACUACGUAAAUAUAUUGGUCCGUUCACCGCCAUUUUUCGUGGGUAUGAUAGUCGGAUACUGUCUCCGUAUUUAUAGGGAUAGAGAGUUCAAUAUGUCUACGAUUCUCAGCGCAUGUAUGACCACUAUUAGCCUUGCAUUGUUGUGCUUGGUAAUUUACGUCAACUUCUUAAAGGACUACAGUGUUUAUAGCAAAGACUGGACUAAUAGCUAUGUCGGUAACAUAAUUGACUCAUUUACUCGAUCUAUUUGGUCUGCGGCUUUAGGAUGGAUUAUAUUUAUGUGCGUGAAUGGAUAUGGUGGUCCCAUUAAUCAAUUCCUGAGCAUGGAUAUGUGGAAGAUAGUAUCUCGAAUUUCUUAUGCAAUGUACAUAGUCCAUUUCUCAGUUAUAAACGCUUAUUUUUCUUCUAUGGUUGAAAAUCAUUACUUUACUGUUGGAACGACCGUAUUCAUAUUCUUCUCGUGCUCGGUCGUUACAGUAGUGGUUUCGAUUCUUUUAACUGGACUCAUUGAAAUACCAUUUUCUAUACUGUUCAAGAAUAUGCUGGAUAAAGUUAGUGUGAAAUAUGAAAAACCCUUAGUUAAACCAUCAGGACCUGUUGAAAUUGAGAAUACGAAUAUCAAUGGAAAUAUUAAUGAAGGAUUUAUUUGUGAAGAAACUAAAACUAAUCUAUAACUAAUAUUAUAAAACGGUAAAGGUUGUGAGGUUGUAGGGGUAAUGGAGUCUGGAUCUACUUUAUUUUGUAAGAAAAGAACUCACGACACUACUUUAAUUACUUAGUUUCAAUUUUUACACUACUCACACUACAAUUAAAUAUAACAAAACAGUGAUGAGUAAGACUUUACUAGACUUUUUGUAAUAUAAAACAUGAUUUGUGUUUAGAUUGGUCUGAUAUGUCAUUGAAUGAAUUUUAAGUGUUUAGUUUAAGGGUUAUUUAUUGAAUAUAACUUGAUGUAUUAUAUCACAAACCACAGUUUGAACUUACUUUACAUAUAAUGUAUUUGCUUAAGCGUAAAUCGUUAUGUCGAUUUUAAAGUGACUCGCCUUUUAAAGUGAUGAUUACAUUGUCCAUAACCGAAAGCCGUAAGUGUUUGAUGGUGAGAUUGAGACAACGUAGUUUUUAUAAAUAAUGUAACAUUGACGAACACUAUCAAUAAAAUAAAAUGAAAAUCACAUUAAGAAGCAUUUCCUAAUACUCUUAUAUCCUUAUAGACCAACCUUUACUUUUAGAUUGAAAAUUGUGUAAAUGUAUUUAUAUUGUAAAAAGUUAUAUUGUUGUAAAGUUUACAUAAGUUUACAUAAUAAUGUA